GACUAGAGGCGAACCCCGGGGACAGACCGGUCUCCCGUCGACCCUAGCUUCUCUCCCCGCCCCCGCGGGCCCGCUCCUCCUGCAGAAUGACGCUGGACGUGGGUGCGGAGGAUGAGCUGCCCGACUGGGCCGCGGCCAAGGAGUUUUACCAGAAGUACGACCCUAAGGACAUCAUUGGCAGAGGAGUGAGCUCUGUGGUCCGCCGUUGCGUUCAUCGAGCUACUGGCCAUGAGUUUGCGGUGAAGAUCAUGGAAGUGACAGCUGAGCGACUGAGUCCUGAGCAGCUGGAGGAGGUGCGAGAAGCCACGCGGCGAGAGACGCACAUCCUUCGCCAGGUCGCUGGCCACCCCCACAUCAUCACUCUCAUCGAUUCCUACGAGUCUUCUAGCUUCAUGUUCCUGGUGUUUGACCUGAUGCGGAAGGGAGAGCUGUUUGACUAUCUCACAGAGAAGGUGGCCCUCUCAGAAAAGGAAACCAGGUCCAUCAUGAGGUCUCUGCUGGAAGCAGUGAGCUUUCUCCAUGCCAACAAUAUUGUGCACCGAGAUCUGAAGCCUGAGAAUAUUCUCCUAGAUGACCACAUGCAGAUACGACUUUCAGAUUUUGGGUUCUCCUGCCACUUGGAACCUGGAGAGAAGCUUCGAGAAUUGUGUGGGACCCCAGGGUAUCUAGCGCCAGAGAUCCUUAAAUGCUCCAUGGAUGAAACCCACCCCGGUUACGGCAAGGAGGUCGACCUCUGGGCCUGUGGGGUGAUCUUGUUCACACUCCUGGCUGGCUCACCACCAUUCUGGCACCGGCGCCAGAUCCUGAUGUUGCGCAUGAUCAUGGAGGGCCAGUACCAGUUUAGCUCGCCCGAGUGGGAUGACCGCUCAAACACCGUCAAAGACCUGAUCUCACGGCUGCUGCAGGUGAAUCCUGAGGAGCGCCUGACAGCUGAGCAAGCCUUACAACACCCCUUCUUUGAGCGUUGUGAAGGCAGCCAACCUUGGAACCUCACCCCCCGCCAGCGGUUCCGGGUGGCAGUGUGGACAGUGCUUGCUGCAGGACGAGUUGCCUUAAGCACCCACCGUGUGCGUCCACUGACCAAAAGCGCACUGUUGAGAGACCCUUAUACGCUGCGGCCAGUGCGGCGCCUCAUCGACAGCUGUGCCUUCCGGCUCUAUGGGCACUGGGUGAAGAAGGGUGAGCAGCAGAACCGGGCGGCCCUCUUCCAACACCGGCCCCCUAGACCUUUUCCCACCAUGGGCCCUGAAGAGGAGGGGGACUCAGCUCCCAUCACCGAAGAUGAGGCCCUGCUGCCACUGGGUUAACCCCUCAGCCUUGGGGAAUCCCAGAAAAAGACUCUCCAGGAGGAGGAUUUUUUCAUUCCAGCCCUUCUGGGCUCUGGCCUCAGGCCACCCUGCCUGGCUAGGUGCACCUAUAAUCAUAAAGAUCAGCUCUCUACACCCAUUACCACUGGCCAAGGCUUUGAGAUCAGAGGUGAGGUAGAAGGAAGCCACUCAGAAUGCCAUGCCUGGCCUUGUCAGUGCUGCUAUGCA